CUGCUCUUCCCCGGAUCUCCCUCUCUCUCUCUCAGCUCAUUGCUCUCUCCGAGUGAGACUGCGGGUUGCGAUUUGCCGGAAUCGGGUCAGGCGGAGGGAGGGAGGGAUCCGCUCGGGAUCCGCUCGGGAUCCCGGGGCUCGGAUAGAGACUGGAGGCCGUGAGCAGCCGGAGAUCCAGCCUGAGAGAGAGAGAGAGAUUAACAAACAUUCACCUUAACCUUCACAAAGACUGCAGAGGAUGUUGGAUGUCGCUGUGAUUUAAGAAUCCUCGGUCUGGACUCGAUCCCCAUCUGCUCUGGUGAAGAUGCUGAUCAAAGAAUAUCGCAUCGCACUCCCGAUGAGCCUCCAAGAAUAUCAGGUGGCCCAACUGUACAUGAUCCAGAAGAAGAGUCGGGAGGAGAGCAGCGGUGAAGGCAGUGGGGUGGAGAUUUUAGCCAAUCGGCCGUACUCCGAUGGGCCAGGGGGCUGCGGCCAGUUUACGCACAAGGUUUACCACGUGGGCUCGCACAUUCCCGCCUGGUUCCGGGCUCUGCUUCCCAAAGCGGCACUCCAGGUGGAGGAGGAAUCUUGGAAUGCGUACCCGUACACCCGGACCAGGUAUACCUGCCCCUUCGUAGAGAAGUUCUUCAUUGACAUCGAAACCUAUUACAAACCAGAUUGUGGAGAGCAGCCCAAUGUCUUCAACUUGGUGCAGGCAGAGAAGAGGCAACGGAUUGUGGACGUGAUUGACAUUGUGAGGGACCCGAUCUCGCAGGCAGAGUACAAACCGCAGGAGGAUCCGCGCUUGUACCAGUCGCUGAAGACAGCGCGUGGACCCCUGCCCGAGAACUGGAUUGAAGACAGGAGGGGGCAGAAUGGGACAGCAGUGGUGAUGUGUGCCUACAAACUGUGUAAGGUGGAAUUCCGAUACUGGGGAAUGCAGUCCAAGAUCGAACAGUUCAUUCACGAUGUCGGGCUGCGGAGGGUAAUGCUUCGAGCCCAUCGCCAGGCUUGGUGUUGGCAGGACGAGUGGUGCGACCUGACCAUGGAGGACAUCCGGAGGCUUGAGGAGGAGACGGCCCGAAUGCUGGCCCAGAGGAUGGGGAAGCACAGCGAGGAGCCGGGGCGAGGCAUCGAAGCCUGGGGAGGCUCCCCCAGCCCCGGGGGGGUAGAAGGCCCGAGGCCCACCUCCGACUCUGUGGACGGGAAGGACCCGGCGGAGGAUGGAGUCCCCAAGCAAUGGUCGCUGUCCUCGAGGUCUUCGCACGGCUCCCAGCUCGCAGGAGCUGUAACACAACAGAGCCUCUCCGAGUGGAGAAUGCAGAACAUCGCCAGGGAUUCGGAUAACAGCUCGGAUGAGGAAUUCUUCGAUGCAUACGAAGAUCUCUCGGACAGCGAUGAAGUUUUCUCACGGAUGAUAACACGGUGGAGUUCCAAUGAUUUCAUCGACAAGGCGGUGUCUGUCACUGAGAGCGAGGACCAGCAGGGUGACGCGUCUCCUGUGUUGCGGGACUGCAGUGGACGGCCGCCCCCCUGCUCGAUGGACACUCGCUCCCUGUCCGAGAGCGUUUCCUCAGAGAACAUUAGUCAAAGCUGCAAGAUUCAUGUCCUGAUGCUGAUUAUCCACGGGGGGACUAUUCUGGACCCGGGGCCUGGUGACCCCAGCUCCAAGUUGGCUGACCUCUCGACCCUGAGGUCAAUCUUCGACACAGUGACUCGGGUCCAUUUCCCCGAGGCUCUGGGACAUAUUGUGUCACGGAUCGUAUCCUGUCCACCGGUCUGCUCCGAGGCUUUAGCUCUCAUCUCCAACCUCAGUCCCUAUGGUUACGAUGAUGAUGGGCUAUCUUCGAGUCAGGACCAGAUACCUCUGGCUGCCCUCCCUCUGCUCGCGACCUCCUCGGUUCAGUAUCGCGAAGCCGUGACUGGGAUCAUCGCUCGUAGCAACCAGGUCUACGCAGAGUUCCUCAAAUCUGCUGAAGGGACCAACUUCAAGGGGCAGGUUUGUAUUAUCGGUGACUGCGUAGGAGGGAUCCUUGGAUUCGACGCCCUGUGUAACAAUGUGGCUGUCAGCAGUGCCACAAGCAGCCGGCGAGGGAGUGUGAGCACUGAGAGACUGUCUCCAGAGAUCCUGAUAGACACGGACUCACUGAGCAACUGCAAGCUGGAGAGAACCCGUCAGCUAAGCAAGAGUCACAAUGAGCUGUCGACAGCCUCAUCGAUGGAGACUCAGGGAGACACGCCCAGAAAGCACAGUAACUCCUCAACGUCCGACAUCGACUCUGUAAAACACCAUCAAAGCUUCCUGUCCACGUGA